AUGGUUACUCUCCCGUGGCAUGUACUCUGUUCACUUGCGUGCAUUAUCGUCGCGCUCAUUAUAUAUAGCGUCUGGAGCGAGGAGCGUGCUGUACCUCUCUAUGGUGCCUGCGCAUCUGUUCUCGGGCUGGUGAUCCAACUUAUCUGCGAACGGCAGUUCACUGGCUCUGCGAAAGGCCCCGUCAUUCUAACUCAGCGCUCGGAGGACGAAGAUGCAGCUGGCGAUGGUCAUCCAGAGUAUCUCAGCGCGUUUAGUCGUGUGGUCGCACAGAACGGAGGGCACACCAGAUUCUACAUGAAGACGGCGCGUAUGGUCUUCUGCGUCGCGCUUGCCGCGCUAUCAGUCGUGCCUCUCGUAUGGUCGUCUUCGGGCAUGCACUUCAAUCCGUCACAUGCUCAGUUCCUCGACGGCAUAUACUGUGCAUUAUACAUCUACGCUUCGGCACUUUCCUUGGGCGACAUUCUUUCUGCCAAACAUAGUUCGUCGUUCGCCACCCAUCUAGUCUCGGUCCUAUUGCUUUCCUUCGGAGUAUCCGUCUAUCGCAACAUCGUCCCGCUGUUCGUUCGCGGAGCAUUGCCUGCUGACGCAAAAGAGGGCACGGUGCUCUGGAUCAAGCUCUUCCUCCUGUUCGAAGCCGGCAUUGUAAUCCCACUGGUCAUUCCCCGCUACGACCCGAGCAUCGAAAAUCCGAACGAGCAGCAGCGAACUUCUUUGUUGGCUUAUGUGAUGUUCACGUGGCUCGACAGCACCGUCGCGAAGGCGGCCCGAGUUCCGCAUUUGUCCCUCGACGACCUCCCUGCGUUGUCCGCCGACAAUACCGCCAAGGAAUUGGUGGACCGUAGCUUUCAGUACGUUGAUCCUUUCAAGAUGGGUAAGGAUAGCCAUAUACUCUGGGGGUUCCUCCGGUUCUAUCGUGAGACCACAGGCUGUUGCAACUGCUCUUCACUAACACCUAAGGGUUUCAGCGUGCUCGAGGCCAACGGGGGAAACUCCAAGUACCAGCCGUGGACGUGGGUCGUCCUCAUGUUCGUCUGCGCCUCUCUCUACACGCUCGCAGACCAGUGGUAUCUUUGGAUCGUGGUAGGCGGAGACUUCUCGCGACACGAGGACCCGUCGUCGCCCAACGGGAACAGCGGGAAGGGGAACCUCGGGGACGUCUCAACAACCUCGUCACGAGCGAUCUGGAAAACAUCCGGCUCGGGAAAUCUACUGGAUGCACACCUUACUGACGGUUUCGGUACAGUGCACCUUCGUCGGACUCGGAGCGAUGUUCGCGAUGCUAUCCCUACCCACUUAUCUCAGCACGUUCUUGCGCUCUUAUCAAGCGCAAAGAUGGCGAAGAUGGACGCUCGUGUGCAGCUCAUCAGUGAGGUCCUUGGUGUUGUGCGAAUGAUCAAGCUUUUCGGAUGGGAGACACACGCCACUGAGCAGAUCGCGGAACGCCGGAAGGAGGAGCUCGUCCAGCUCAGGAAGACGCGGAUGAUGGAGCUUUACGCCAAUAUAACUACAUUUACGAUUCCACUGUUCGCCAUGGCUAUCACGUUUACCAGCUACACGAUUCUUCAGAAGGGCGAGCUAACUCCGUCACGCUUGUUCCCCGCACUCUCGGCGUUCCUUAUGAUUCAGAGCAUGCAGUUUGUUUUCAACACUAUUCCAGCUGUACUACGAGGCAAAGUUUCAAUUGACCGUAUCAACGAUUUCCUGCACACGGCAGAACUUCUCGAUGAGUUUGAGCACCCCCAAGUACAAAGCGAAGACGCCUUCACCGCCUCCGACACCACCAUCGACAUUGGCAUUGAACACACCGUCUUCACCUGGUCGUCGUCGACACCUGCCAGCGGCGCUCAGACUCCAGUCGAUCCUACGUCCUCUACUACCCUGGACGCCCGACACUUCGCUCUCCGUAUCGACGAGCCGCUCUGCUUCAAGCGUGGGGCGAUGAACCUCAUCGUCGGCCCCACUGGGUCAGGAAAAACCUCGCUACUCAUGGCCCUCCUCGGUGAGAUGCACGCGAGCCCGUCGCAGCCGGGAUUGGGGACGUGUGUGAGGUUGCCGAGGGAAGGUGGGGUGGCGUACGCGGCACAGGAGAGUUGGAUUCAAAAUGAGACAAUCCGAGACAACAUCCUCUUUGGAUCGCCUUUCGACGAAGUCAGAUAUAACAAAGUGAUCAAGCAGUGCGCGCUCGAGCGCGAUCUGACGCUCUUCGCGGCGGGGGACAAGACGGAAGUCGGAGAGAAGGGGAUUACACUCAGUGACCUGACGAGCUUCUCAUGCCGUAGCGGAGGUCAGAAAGCUCGGAUCACUCUCGCGCGAGCGGUAUACUCGAAAGCGGAGAUUUUGCUCCUGGAUGAUGUGCUCGCGGCUCUCGAGUUCAGACAGGGCGCUGGAUCGUCGAUCAAUGUUUCAUGGGCGAUCUCGUGCGCGGACGCACCGUGGUCCUCGUCCCACAACGUCGCUCUUACGCGCCCCGUUGCCGAUUUCGUGGUCGCGCUCGGGAGUGGCGGGCGCAUCGCAAGCCAAGGUUCCCUCGACAAGGCUCUCCAGGAAGACAAGGAACUGAUGGAGGAGCUCAAAGCAGAAGUCGCGAAGGCAGAGCAGGAGGUCGAUGAUCCUGUCACUGAGGAGAAGCCGUCUGUUAAAGAUGAUGGGAAGCUGACCAUUGCAGAGGAGAUCAGCGAGGGGAGCGUGGCCUGGAGCGCUAUGAAUCUAUUCUUCGCGAACACCUCCAGUCACCUGUGGCUGUUCUGGACGCUCUACCCUCUCGCGUUUACUGUUGUGCAUUCAAUGCUGAACAUGGCCCAUUCGCGCUCAUCUCCGACUAAUCCCAGGAAUGGGAGCUGGGAAUGUGGGCGUCACAAUACGAGGAACAUAAUAGAACUGAAGUUCACGUCGGAUAGAGUUGUCCUCUACUCCGUCGGUUGGUUCUGGGCCACCACCGGCUCCCUGAGAGCUUCAGCUAUCGUUCACAAGAGACUUCUUGCCUCGGUACUUGGUACUACCCUGCGAUGGCUCGACAUGACCCCCACGUCGCGCAUCAUUACGCGCUGCACGACGGACAUUCAGUCCAUCGACAACAAUAUAUUCAUGGCAUUCCAUCAGUUGCUCGAGCACACGGGUUUCAUGCUCUCCAAACUGGUCGCAGUCACGAUCAUCAUCCCCUUGUUCGUCCUUCCAGCCGCGCUCUUAUUCGCCGUCGGCGGCUGGUUCAGCACGAUCUACAUGCGCGCGGAGCUGCCCAUCAAGCGUGAAAUGAGCAACGCACAAGCACCCGUGCUCGGACACUUCAGCGGAGCAAUAGCGGGACUCGUCUCCAUCCGCGCUUACGGCGCCCAAGAGUCUUUCAGACUCGAGUCUUACAGGCGCAUGGACAAUUACAGUCGAGCCGCCUUCCCGUUCAAUGCGCUCACGCGCUGGGUUACUAUCCGUGUCAACAUCCUUGGGACAGCCCUCACGACUGCUCUGGCUGCGUACUUGACCUAUUCCGCCUCCAUCGGCGCCGCGAACAGCGGCUUUUCUUUGUCCAUGGCUUCUAACAGGUUAGAAAAAUCGCGAAGCGACCUCGAGCGCAUCCAGCAGUACUUGGUGAUAGAACAAGAACCGAAACCCACCAAGUCUGGUGUGCCGCCUGCGUACUGGCCUGCAAGCGGGGAGUUGCGAGUCGAGAACCUUUCAGCGAGGUACACCCCUGACGGUCCGAAGGUCUUACACGACUUGUCGUUCCAAGUCAAGUCCGGCGAACGCAUCGGUAUCGUUGGACGCACGGGCAGUGGCAAGAGCUCGCUCACCUUGUCGCUCCUUCGCGCCAUCUACACCGAAGGCAGUGUGUUCUACGACGGCCUCGCCACCGACGCUCUCAACCUCGACGCGCUCCGCUCCAACGUCACCAUCAUCCCUCAAGUACCCGAUCUGCUCAGCGGCACGCUCCGCCAGAACCUGGACCCCUACGAUGAGCACUCCGACGUGACGCUGAACGACGCGCUGCGCUCGGCGGGGCUGUUCGCGCUGCAGGAACGCGUCAUUGCGGGCUCUAGCGAUGAUCACAUUGAAGGCAGGGACAGCGCACGGCUCGACCUAGACUCUGAGAUUGCUGGUGGAGGAGGCAACCUUUCGGUUGGGCAGAGACAGAUCAUCGCGCUGGCGCGGGCGAUUGUGCGGCGCAGCAAGCUGCUCAUCCUGGACGAAGCCACAUCUGCGAUCGACUAUGAGACGGACGCAAUCAUUCAGAAGUCACUCCGGGAGGAACUGGGGAAGGAUGUGACGGUGCUCACUGUUGCGCACCGUCUCCAGAGCAUCAUGGACGCCGACAAGAUUAUGGUUCUCGAUGCGGGGCACAUUGUUGAAUUCGACAGUCCAAGGGUCCUGUUAGAAAACAAUGGUGGUUUCUUCCGCGGCCUCGUCGAUGGGAGCAUGGAUCGUGCGACGCUUUACGCAACGGCUGGAAUCAUGGAGUGUUGA